CAAACUACAAGAGGGUAAACUGGAACUUCUAUACAUAAUUACAUAUACUGUUUGUGGAUCAUGUUCCCUAUUGUGUAUGAACGAAUCUAAUCCAUUUUUGUCAUUCGGAAGCCAAUCUGACCGAUAAUAACCCAGCAAACAAUACAAUGGAAUCAGUUAUUACGUGCCCUCACUAUGUACCUGGCUUGCAUCCGAUUUUCGCAUUUAGCAAAUCGAAUCUGGGAAGGCUCGGUUUUUCUCUAAAAGAAUUUGCAGAUGGACACUUGUUUGCACAUCCGAGCACCCUCCAAUUUCCUAUAUCAAACGUUAGAGCCGAUGGAAAUAGAAGAGUAAGAUUUGCACAAAGAAAUCAUGAUAGUGGAAGAUCGAUAAAUGGUGAUGAUAACAAGACACCUCAAUCAUCAGAAGGCAAAACGUAUAAUAAAGAUGAGAUUCUUGCACUUUUUAGAAGAAUACAGUCUUCAAUUUCUGGAGAAUCCAAUGCUUCAAAGGGAAGAACAAACAAUGCAUCGGCUGAAUCGGUUUUAGAAGUUCUACGUCAAUCCCGGAAGCAAGUUAAAGGAAAGUCAUCAAACAGAGAAGGGAGCAUGUUGUCGGGUGAGUGGAAAAAAGAGGAAAUUGUAGAUUUUAAGUCAACCGAUGCUAAAAUAAGCCGCCCUCCCUCAAAUUUCACGAAGAGGUCACCGAUCCCGUCAAUAGAAAGAGUACAGCAAGAUGAGGUGAAGAGUGAGAGUGAGAGGCUUGAGACAAUGAAACUUGCAGAUCUUAAAGAAUUAGCAAAAUCUAGGGGAAUCAAAGGCUAUUCCAAAUUGAAGAAAGCUCACCUCAUCGACUUGCUAAGGACUGUUUGAAUGGAAAUUUGGCUGCUAUGUUAAGUUUUCUUGAUCAAUUUUGGUCAUUAGUUUUUUUUUGUUGGAUUUAUAGUUUGUUUUAAGUAUUAAAUGCAAGAAAUGGCAAUGUAUUUUCAUUACUUGUUUAUUAUAGCAUUUUCUUUUUCUUUCA